UGCACCGCUGUUCUGUUGGCUAUGAGCUGUACUUCCGGACACUGCUGUCACCCUCAGAUGCUGGCAGCCCUGCUGCUGCCCGGAAGCUGGACACGGAGACACCAGGGGGGAGUGACUGUGAACCUGUUGUGCAGAAGCAGAACACAAACAUAGGUUGCUGGUGAGAUCAAUCAGAGGGAUAACAUCACUGGAUCCACGAUUUACCAUAUGAGGUGAAAGAAUCCCGGGCUUUCGGCCUCUGAACCCUAUUCGAUCUGGGACGGGUAAUAGAGUGGAAUUUGUCAGCUGUGAUGAUCCCCACCCACAAGUUGUGGUGAUAUGCUUGUUUCUCAUGUUUUAAUUGUGAGUCUAAUGUAAUAAAAUCUAUUCUGCUCAUUUGAUCAGACAAUAUUGCACUAGAUCCUUUUGUUCUUCUCUUUGAGAUUGAAAACCUGCCGUGAAAUUAUACUACAUAUGGAUGAGAAUUAUUCCACUUCAUGACAAAAGGGAUUUCGGACCUUUUUCCAUUCUCACAGUCAAUUGGAAAGGUGGAUAGAAACCAUAUGAUAUAUUUAUACAGACCUCAACAGGACCCUCCCUCAUAUCACAGUUAUGGAGUUUCAGCACACUACAAAGCUCAGUUCUCGCAAAAGAAGAAAAGAUACUGCAGGACCCAAUGGGACAACAGAUGAAGAUUCUGUGCCUAAGAAGAUUCUCCGUCAAAUGACGGGUGUGAGUGAACCUGCACCUUUCUCAGAUGAGCUACAGCUUGACUACACUAAGCCAUACUUGAGAGUUACGAUGGAAGAAGCAAAAAUGGGAACCCCGCCUGAAAGACCGGUGAGAGUUUAUGCAGAUGGUAUCUUUGACCUGUUUCACUCUGGACAUGCCCGUGCUCUAAUGCAAGCAAAGAAUCUUUUUCCGAACACGUAUCUGAUUGUAGGAGUCUGUAGUGACGAGCUGACACAUAACCUGAAGGGAUUCACAGUGAUGAAUGAGGCGGAGAGGUAUGAUGCAGUGCAGCAUUGUCGCUACGUGGACGAGGUGGUGAGGAAUGCACCAUGGACACUCACCCCAGAAUUCCUUGAGGAGCACAGGAUUGACUUUGUUGCACAUGACGAUAUUCCUUACUCCUCUGCAGGAAGUGAUGAUGUUUACAAGCACAUAAAAAAGGCAGGGAUGUUCGCACCCACCCAACGGACAGAAGGAAUCUCUACAUCUGACAUCAUUACAAGGAUCGUACGAGAUUAUGAUGUCUAUGCACGUCGCAAUUUACAGCGUGGAUAUACAGCAAAAGAGCUUAAUGUCAGCUUCAUCAAUGAGAAGAAAUACAACCUGCAGGAACGUGUAGAUAAGGUGAAAAAGAAGGUAAAAGAUGUGGAGGAGAAAUCAAAAGAAUUUGUGCAGAAGGUUGAAGAGAAAAGUAUUGAUCUAAUCCAAAAGUGGGAAGAAAAGUCCAGAGAAUUCAUUGGAAAUUUCUUGGAGAUGUUUGGCCCAGAGGGAGCUUUGAAACACAUGCUGAAGGAGGGAAAAGGAAGAAUGCUUCAGGCCAUCAGUCCCAAACAAAGUCCUAGCAGUAGCCCUGCUCGUGAGCGCUCUCCAUCACCAUCGUUCCGCUGGCCUUUCUCCGCGAAAUCCUCCCCACCCUCAUCACCUGGCAGACGUUCACGACCCAAGGCUGCUGCCUAUGACAUCAGUGAAGAGGAAGAUGAUGAUGAUGAUGAUGAAGAAGAGGACUAAAGAGCUAUUCUUUUCCUCCUCUUCAGUCCUUCCCGCCAGCUGCUGAUUCCAUGCCCUUUGCCCUCCAGGAAAGCAGCCACAUAGAAAGGAAAGAACACUCGGACUGAGCUCCAUGCAAAUGGGUUCUUGAGCAGAACGGGUUCCAGCGACAGUGCGUGGUGGUGCAUAAGACGCUUGCUUCUUCCCUACAGUUAACCAUCAUAUUUUUGUUGCUUUUUUUUUUUUUAAUGAAACCCAUUUCUCGUUUUAAUGAACUUUGUCCAUCAUAUAUUUCUUUGUCAUUGAUUUAUUUUCUACUUUACUGGGAGGUUUUAUCGCAUGGUUUGUUGCAUCCUGUCAUAACCACUUAUUACAAGAACUCCCUGCACACAUUUUCAACUGUGAGCUCCCAUAUUACAGGACGGUUAUAGAUUGAAGAGCUCAGGAAUCUAAGGGACACGGGGAGAGUGUCUGUGUGUAUCACAGUACUGGAGGCAUUAAUGCAAGUUAUCCGUGGGGGUAGUGACCAGUGAAAUGUAUUGUUUUCAGCAUUAACACUUUGGAGUUUAGCCAUUUCUCAUUAAAAGUGCCUGUUGUCAUACA